UUCGGUUGUCAAUGAAACGUUUGAAAUGGCAGCUUGCAUAGGAAAAAUUUCCUUUGCACAUUUAAUCAAAAUUCAAAGCAUAAACAUAUGCAACAGAUCACCAUUGUUACACUGUCAGAGAUGUGUUCAGACUGCAGGUGUUACAGAUGUGACUCAAGUUAAAAACAGAAAACCUAUAAUAUUUCCAAAGAAAAAGAAAAGGGAUGAAUUAACAGUAUUGAAAUGUUUAGCAGCAACAGUCCAGAGGGAUUCUACAGCUCCAGACUAUAUGUUUAUAGAUGAUCCUCAUCUUUACCCUGUAAUAGCUAACGAAAAAAAAAUAUACACUUUGGCAAAAAGUAGCGGGAGGAAAGCAGCCAGAUACUUUGUUGAUAGAUUACCAGGCAUAUUUUCUACUAAUAUGUUCAAAGAAGAAGCAUCAGUUCCAGGCAUUCCUGAACUGAUGCCAAAGAAGAUAAAAUAUGAACAUUUUGACCCCAGUGAAACAGCUUUGAUUGAGAGGAUAGACAUGAGAAAUGUCAGGGAUGCUAUAGAUAUGUAUAAUGAGAUUCAAGAUCAAGGUAUAGUUAAUGUCAGGGAUGCUAUAGAUAUGUAUAAUGAGAUUCAAGAUCAAGGUAUAGUUAAUGUCAGGGAUGCUAUAGAUAUGUAUAAUGAGAUUCAAGAUCAAGGUAUAGUUAAUGUCAGGGAUGCUAUAGAUAUGUAUAAUGAGAUUCAAGAUCAAGGUAUAGUUAAUGUCAGGGAUGCUAUAGAUAUGUAUAAUGAGAUUCAAGAUCAAGAAUUGGAGCUUUCUCAAGAAACAAAGAUCUCCUUGCUUAAUCUUCUGGCAUAUUACAACUCAAUUGACCCUCCUGAAGAAAAGACACCAGAAGAUAUGAGAUAUUUAUUUGAAAAAAGAUCAUUCAAUAAAACUUGGAAAGAUAAUGGACCUGCAGUUAAAGUUUUUAAUGAUCUAAAUGAGAAGACUUCUGAAGCUUACUGUGCAAUGAUCAGAGGCAUGACUAAGUAUUUGGAAGUGGAGAAGGCAUUUGAACUUUAUGAAGAAAUGAAGGGUAAAGGAUUACAAGCUGAGGUUGAUGUCAGAACAUACAAUGGCCUGAUAGAUGUUAUGAGACAGUAUCCUGCAGAUCAAGAAGAACAAUGGACAAUUAUUAUGGGUCUUCUGCAAAGUAUGAAGGAGAGUGGUGUUCAGCCAAAUGUCCAAACCUUUAUGUCAGUUCUCCAUUUCUUGAAAGGAGUGAUGACGAGAUUUAGAGAACAGAAGGUGUAUUUUGUACUCAAUGAAAUGAAAGCUAUAAAUAUAGAACCUACAUUAGGAAUUUAUGCCAAUCUCCUUCAGCUGAUAUAUAAUGACCAUUCUAGGAACCCAGAACACCCAUUUUUACCACAGUUAAUGGAUUACAUCCAGGGCAAGGACUUUGAUUUAACAUCAAAAGAUGACAUACACUUUUUUGUUGCUGCAAUGAAAGUUUGUGAUAUUUACCUUCAUGAUAAAGACCUGGCUUUCAAGGUUGAUGCAUUACUACAUAGCAAAGAUAACUAUAAGUUCAUGAUAGAUUUUUUUGCUGAAUCUACAUACUGUAACAUAUUUUUAACGUUAAUUUGCCAGUUUGAACAUAUUGAUAAGGUAAUGGAAGUGUAUCACAGAUUGACACCAAAUGUAUGGUCACCGACUUUCUCUGUGUAUUAUGAUAUACUAGGAGCCAUUGAUCUAUACGAUGCCUAUCAUUAUUUACCAGCUCUUUGGUCAGGUAAAUAUGCCUAUCAUUAUUUACCAGCUCUUUGGUCAGAUUUUAUAGUAUUCAGGAUAAUAACAGGGCCUAAACAUGCACAACUUAUGAUUCCAUUUUUCCAGUUAGUAUCUAAGAAGAAGCACCCAGAAGAGCUUCAACAAAAGUUUGUUGACACAAUCCUGUGGGUAAUUAACAGAUGGGAAGAAAAUAUUCAGCUGAAUGGAUCAUUUGUAUUGACAUCAGGAGUGUUAGUAGGAGAACUUAUCAAAGUUAGUCUCAAUGCCAAUGAAGUAGACUUGGCUUGGAAAAUUUUAAUGAUGUACACAAAGCACAAAAGAAGAUUUACAGAACAGAUAAGUGAGGAGGCAGUAACUAUGUUGUUAGAUGAGUUUAUUAAAGAAAAAGAUCUGGAUAAAACAACAAUGUGUUUGAAGUUGAUGUCAACAGAGUCUUUUCCUAGCCUUACCAAAUACAAGAAACAACUAAGAGAAUUGGAUAUGACAGAUCUUGAAAAAGUGGUUACCAGUUGAUAAGAGAUCAAAUAGAAAAACAGAAUUGACCAAUAUUAACUUAAUUUUUAAAACUGUGAUGUUUUUCAAGGUCAUUUUAAUAACAGUAAUGUCAAAGUCAUGUUUAAGUUUUCUGUGAUUUACAAAGGACAGUAAUAAAAUUUUCCAUUGUUA